AUGGACAAGAUCAAAGAGCUGUCAACAAACAUCAGGGAGAAGAUUGUAGACCUGCACAUGACUGGAAUGAGCUGCAACACCAUCAGCAAGAAGGUUGGGCAGCUUCACCACAUCGACAGGCCAGUGGACGAAUCCAUGUACCAUAAAAUCUUGGAUGAGAACCUCCUUCCCUCAGCCAGAACACCAAAGGUGUUCAUGGAUGUCUCCAGCCAUCAGUCCAGUAGAAAAUCUGUGGAGGAAGCUGACAAGCAUGAUUCAGAGAGUUUCUGUGAAGAGGAGUUUGCCAAAAUCCUCCCUGAGAUCUGUGCAAACCUGGUAACCAACUACAAGAAAUGUCUUCUGUGCUGGACAUGCAGGUCCUCACUGAAAACAAUGAAGCUGCUCAUUCUUCUGUUCCAGCUUGGUCUAGUUUUGAGGGCUGAUGCUCAGAUACCAGACGCUUGUAUUUUAAGUUCUACAAACAGAGCUCCAGAGAAGUCAGAUGUAUCUGUGACCUGCGGGCCUGAGCACAUAGACCUGAGCAUCUACCUUUGCCCGAUGUACAAUGCUUUUUACAACGAGUCCCUGGUCGUCCUCAAUAAUCAGACAAAUAAUCCUAAAUGUUAUGGGACUGCUGACUUCACUGUUGACCCACCAAGAUUAAGAUUCAGCUUUCCAAUAAAUCAAAAUUCUCUCUCUUUCUGCAGUAAUAAUAUUGAGAUAAGCAGUCAUAUUGGGAGUGGACAGUUUUCGGACUUCUCAUAUGUCCAGUACGUCACCGUCUUUGGCACUGUUACUUCUAUAGACCCCGCUGCGGGCAUGAUCACCUACAGGCCCCAGAUCCGCUACAAUUUCUCCUGCACAUACCGGAUGAACUAUCUGUUCAACAACACCGAACUGAGUGUAUCUGGUGGGACUUCAAGUAUAAAAUCCAACGAUGGUAGAUUAUUCAACAUGCUGAGUAUGCAGCUCUACAAAGACAAACAGUACCAAGAGAUCUUAACUAUCCCAGAAACAGGACUUGAAGUGAAGACAAAGAUUUAUGUUGAAGUGAAAGCCAUCAAUCUAAAAAACAGGUUCAAUGUGCUGCUGGAAAGAUGCUUUGCAACAACAAGCCCAAAUCCAAUGCAAAGCGGCCAUUAUGGCCUGUUUGUGUGGUAUACACGGGAUGCACAAACUAUGGUGGAGACCAAUGGGGUGUCGCAAAAGGCGCUCUUCUCCUUUGAAGCCUUCAGAUUGGUGGACAAUGAGUAUGAGACAGUUUCCACUUUCUAUUUGCACUGUGUCACCAGACUCUGUGAGGUGUCUAAAUGUCGCUCGUUACUGUCUAAAUUUGGAUCUUCUGAGAGACUGUGCAAGAAAAAGGCCAACAAAUACGUGUCAGAGAGCACUAUAGUAACUUCACCUGCCAUCCACGUGAGAAGCCAGAGGAGGAAAGCUGUGACGCUUGUGUUGAGUAACAUAGAUAGUGUUAGAGAGUCACUGAUGAUGACUCAGUCCUAA